ACACAUAUACGUCAUUCAAUUUGCUAUUGUGUGUUCUUUGGUGCUCAUUUUUUUUCUUAAAUUAUCAUAAGUUUGAUUUUUAUAUAAUAGUGAAAUGAAAUAAUUUAAACGCAUAAAAUAAUGCACUGGAUAGUAUUUUAUAGCAUUAUAAAUCUUCAUACAAAUUAAGCGAUAUGGGUGCCUUUAAGCUGCUGAAGUUGUAUUUAUUAUUUGUUAUUCCUUUUUCUUUAUGCCAAGAAAGAAAAAGUGAUGGAAUAACAUUUCAUUACAAUAAUACAUACAUGUAUGGAGUGUCAUACAUUGUAAAUGUUAGUAAAAAUGACGAGUACAUCAUGGAAUUUGCUGGGGACCAAGAUGCAUAUGACACUCCGGCGCGUGUGACAGUGGCGAGCGACUUCGCUAAUGGCACCUAUCCGCUGUUCAUUACUGCAAGACAACAAAAAGGAGUAUUCUCAUGGCAGCUACCAAUGCUGGUGCAGACACCACUCCAGUUGGAACAGUUCAGCAACAUAUCGCGUACACUCUGCCCACAUAACAACAUAUUUUCACAGGAUGAGGACACGUGUGAUUUAACAACUCUACCGCCACCUAUCGUACAUCUGACUACAUCAUCGCCUGAUCCUAUCAGCGUCACAAUUGUAGUGGAAACAGUACAAGAUUUUUACAUAAAAUUAAACAAAGAGACGUAUUUAAAUAGUACCCCGAGUCAACCGAAAUAUUACUUUUAUCCUUUCGAUCAGGAGCCAAACAAAAUGGUAGAUUUAACAACGCAAAGUAUUAAGAAAAAAUAUAUGUGUAAUAAAGAAUUAGAUGAUUUAGAGAAGAAAAAACUAGAUAGAUAUUUUGUCCAGAGUAAUAUAGAACGAAGUUAUGGUUGGUUUUCAAGACCUAAAAGUGUUAUCGUUAUGAUAGAAUCUGAUGAUGAUAUUUGUGCUGUUGUUUCCAUACAAAAUAUAUCGUGUCCAGUAUUUGAUAAUGAAAGAGAUAUAUUAUAUGAUGGAUAUUAUUUGACUAUGACGAGACGAGGCGGUAUUACUUUGACGCAAGACACGUUCCCAUUAGGUUUCUAUAUAGUGUUCAUAGUAAAGACGUCAGAUGCGGAUUGUACCGCGGUGACUGGCAAUGCCACACUGCCGCGCAUGGCACGUAUGCUCGGGUGGCAUGACUCUAACAUCAAUGUGACAUCAGCUGACGGCAGACUGAAGCAGUUCAAAUUCAAGAUAAUCCAGACGAUAUCGUACCAAGAGUACGUGGUGGCAGCAGUGGCAGCUCUCUGCUUCUUCCUUUCCUUCUACGUAGCAUUCCUCAUAGCUCUCGUCUUCCAGAGGAACACAACUCCUGACUCCACAGUCACCAGCCAGAGUGAAGAAGGUGGUAUAUCGACUGUAUUGCCUCGCGGCAGUAAAGAGCCGUUAGCAAGGCGGAGACGUACUGUGAACACAUCUGAAGGUAGCGGCAGCUAUCGUCAUAAUGCGGGAGAUGACGCACAACCUAGAACAACUGAUCGUAGCUCCAGCUCAGACACGGAGUCUGACUUUGAGGACACAGCGACUGUUGAAAAUGGCGAUUAUCUGCAAAGUGGUAGAUUGUGUGUGGCCAAUCUUUCUAGAUGUCGUCCGCGCGUGUUGUCUGCGCGAUCCAAAAUGUAUUUAUGGAAUGUGCUGACUGUGGCUAUCUUCUACACGCUACCUGUCGUGCAGCUUGUCGUCACCUACCAGCGUUUACUAAACCAGUCGGGAAACCAGGAUCUGUGCUAUUUCAACUUUUUGUGCGCGCAUCCACUGCUGGUGUUGUCUGACUUCAACCACGUGUACUCCAACCUGGGCUACGUGCUGCUCGGCGCGCUCUUCCUGCUGCAGGUGUGGCGACGUCAUCAGCGGCAUCGCGCUGACACAGCACGAGAGAAGGAGAUGGGCAUCCCGCAACAUUUCGGGCUGCUGUACGCGAUGGGCGUGGCGCUGGUCAGCGAGGGUCUGCUCUCCGCCGCGUACCACGUCUGUCCCAACAGCAUGAACUUCCAGUUCGACACGUCAUUCAUGUACGUGACGGCGGUGCUGUGCAUGGUGAAGAUCUACCAGGCCAGACAUCCAGACAUCAAUGCGCGCGCGCACGCUACAUUCGGCGUGCUCGCGCUCAUCAUAUUCAUAGGACUGGUGGGAGUGCUAAACGCCAACUUCUACUUCUGGGUGGGGUUCACGGUGCUGCACCUCUUCACCUGCCUCGUGAUGACCUUCCAGAUAUACUACCUCGGCAGGUUCAGGUUUGAUUGUGGCGUGUUGUGCCGUGCUGUGCGCGAGGUGGCGCUGCGGCCGCGCGCUGCGGUGACGCCGGCGCGCUGCGGCCGCUGCGUGCUGCUGCUGCUCGCUAACCUCGCUAACUGGGCACUUGCUGCAUACGGUGUGGCGCAGCACAGUCGUGACUUCGCAUCUCAUCUGCUGUUGGUGUUGAUGAGCAACUUGUUCCUCUACACACUGUUCUACAUCGCUAUGAAGUUAUUGCACCGCGAGUCCAUACGCUGGUACAGUUGGGUGUUCAUCGCGCUGACGUACUCGGUGUGGUUCGGAUCUAGUUAUUUUUAUCUGGACCUCAGCACCAAUUGGGCCUUGACUCCGGCGCAGUCUCGGCAGAGCAACAGAGUGUGCUCUCUCCUAGAGCUGUACGACUCGCAUGACGUGUGGCACUUCCUGUCCGCCACCGCCAUGUUCUUCUCCUUCAACAUGUACCUCACCAUUGACGACAACCUCGCUGACGUUCCCCGCACAGAUAUCAUGGUCUUCUAGACAAGAACUCGGUCUACUCGGCAGUAAUAUGGUCUACUGUGGUCUAUUACACUAAAAACAUGUCCUGUUAGAUUGUGAUAAGCUCUACUGGACAGACGUGGACUACUGGACGGCUAUAUGGUCUACUAGACAAGCAUAUGGUCUACUAGAUUAUGACACGGUCUACUAGAUUUCGGCAUGGUCUACUAGAAUAGGACAUGGUCUACUGGACGGCCACUUGGUCUACAUGAUUACAAAAUGUGAACACGGUUUUCUAGACCAUGCCGUGUAUUUAGAAACCAUUUUCAUUCUGUUAAAUUGAUUUAAAAAACUGUCGUAUGAUCUCAAAAUAAUAAGAGUUAUAAUUGUUACAAAUUGGCAUCUUGCGCUUGUCCAUCGGCUUUCGCCCGCAGUUAACGCGUUAUCAACGCGUAGAUGUCACGUAUUGGUCGCUACCAAACCUUGUUUUUUAACUUUAAAAAUGUCAAAGUAUAUUUGUAAAGAAGUGAUAGUUAUUGAAGCCUUAUUAAAUAAUGAAGUUAUUGAUUAUUAAAAAAAAUCUACGAUAGUAGAAUUCACUCUAGU